AGCUGUGGGCGCUUUUUCUGCCCUCGGUGUCUCAGAUUCAUUCUUACGGAACUGAGAACUUAAUCUUCCAAAAUGUCACAAAGACCAUCUUAUGCCCCACCUCCCACCCCAGCUCCUGCAACACAAAUGCCCAGCACACCAGGGUUUGUGGGAUAUAAUCCAUACAGUCAUCUCACCUACAACAACUACACGCUGGGAGAGAACCCGGGCACCAACAGCCGGGUCAGGACAUCCUCUGGUAUUACGAUUCCAAAACUCCCAAAGCCACCAGAUAAGCCUCUGAUGCCCUACAUGAGGUACAGAAGAAAGGUCUGGGACCAAGUAAAGGCUUCUAACCCUGACCUAAAGUUGUGGGAGAUUGGCAAGAUUAUUGGUGGCAUGUGGCGAGAGCUCACAGAUGAAGAGAAACAAGAAUAUUUAAAUGAAUACGAAGCAGAAAAGAUAGAGUACAAUGAGUCUAUGAAGGCCUAUCAUAAUUCCCCCUUGUACCUUGCCUACAUAAAUGCAAAAAGUCGUGCAGAGGCUGCUUUAGAGGAAGAAAGUAGACAGAGACAGUCCCGCAUGGAGAAAGGAGAACUGUACAUGAAGAUUCAGCCUGCUGAAGAUCCAGAUGAUUAUGAUGAUGGCUUCUCAAUGAAGCAUGCAGCCACUGCCCGUUUCCAGAGAAACCACCGCCUCAUCAGUGAAAUCCUUAGUGACAGUGUGGUGCCAGACAUUCAGUCAGUUGUCACAACAGCUAGCAUGCAGGUCCUCAAAUGACAGGUCCAAUCUUUAAUGGUUCAUCAGCGCAAACUAGAGGCUGAACUUCUUGAAAUAGAGGAACGACAUCAGGAAAAGAAGAGGAAAUUCCUGGAAAGCACAGAUUCAUUUAACAAUGAACUUAAAAAGUUGUGCGGUCUGAAGGUGGAAGUGGAUAUGGAGAAAAUUGCAGCUGAGAUUGCGCAGGCAGAGGAGCAGGCCUGCAAAAGGCAGGAGGAAAGGGAGAAGGAGGCAGUGGAGCAAGCAGAGCACAGUCAGAGCAGCAUUGUUCUUGAAGAAGAACAAGUGGCAAAUAAAGCUGAGGAAAAGAAAGACGAUGAGAACACUCCAAUGGAGACAGAGGAGACACACCUUGAAGAAACAACAGAAAGCCAACAGAAUGGUGAAGAAGGCACGUCAACUCCUGAGGACAAGGAGAGUGGGCAGGAGGGGGUCGACAGUAUGGCAGAGGAAGAAACCAGUGAUAACAACACUGGCUCAGAGAGCAACAGUGCCACAGUGGAGGAGCCACCAACAGAUCCCAUACCAGAAGGCAAGAAAAAGGAAUAG